AUGAUGAAGUAUCAUUCAGCUAGUAUCCUACUUUUCAUGGCUUUGGUUUGUGUUGCAGGAUGCACACAAGCUAAGGGUCUUGGUGUCGACAGCAACAUAUGCAAAUCUCUAGUGGAGACACGAGGAUAUCCUUGCCAAGAACAUCAAGUGAUAACAAAAGAUGGCUACAUUCUCGGGUUGCAAAGAAUUCCCUAUGGACGGUAUGGUGACAAAUCGACCAUGCAUAAGAGACCGCCUGUGUUGUUGCAACAUGGGCUUACAUUGGAUGCAGCAUCGUGGUUACUCAAUCCACCAAAUCAAGCUUUGGCAUUCAUGUUGGCUGACAAAGGAUUUGAUGUAUGGCUUGCUAAUACUAGAGGAACAGACUCUAGUCGCGGACACAGAUCACUUAGUGCAAAUGAUCCUGCUUAUUGGGAGUGGACAUGGGAACAAUUGGCUGCUUAUGAUCUUCCUGCUAUGUUCAAUUAUGUGAACAAGCAAACAGGACAGAAGUUACACUAUGUAGGUCAUUCCUUGGGAACGUUAACGUUACUGGCUGGCUUGUCCCAACAGAAACUGAGAAACUUACUAAGAUCAGCUGCUUUGCUUAGCCCAAUUGCUCAUCUAAGUCAUGUAUCCACACCGCUUGUAAGAGUUGCUACUCAAACAUAUAUGGCUGAGCAAUUCUACAUCCAUGGUCUCCGGGAGUUUCCUCCGCUAGGGCAAUUAGAACAAACUAUGCAAACCGUUCUUUGCAUGCAUCCGGGCGUGGAGUGCUACAACAGAAUGGCAGCUGUGACAGGUCCGAAUUGUUGUAUAAGUCCUUCAAGUUUAGCUCUUUACUAUAGACAAACACCACAAUCCACUUCGACAAAGAAUGUGGUGCAUUUGUCUCAGAUGAUCAGAAGUGGAACCGUAAGUAGUUUCGAUUACACUCUUCCACUCACAAAUAGGCAACACUACAGACAGUCUACUCCUCCGGUGUACAACAUGGCAAAAAUACCAAAAGACAUUCCUCUUUUCAUCAGCUUUGGAGGGAGAGAUGCACUUUCAGACGUAAAUGACGUGAAAAUUUUGCUCAACGACCUCAAAAAUCAUGACAAGGACAAGUUUGUGGUACAAUACAUAAACGAGUAUGCUCAUCUGGAUUUUGUUUUUGGUUGGAAUGCCAAUCAAAAAGUUUAUGAUCCCAUGCUCGCUUUCUUCGGGCGACAUUGA